UAACGGUUAAUUCGAACCUUGUCCUAGGCAAGGAAAGGAUAGGAUACUUGUAGAGAUUCACAAUCAACCCUCAAUGCCGAGCCAGCCCGGGAUAAGGCUGACCUAUUCAGGUCAUUAUCCAGCUCAAAACACUGGAUUUUUCAUCAAUCAACAGCUUUCUCAAACAGUACAAGUACCCAACACCACAAUAUAAACAAAAUAGACCGACCAUCAAGGUGUCAACAAACAUCUAUACAGAAUACCAACAGAAAGUGACCACAAGAACGACAAAAGAUACAACAGUACAAUUAUAAUCAGAAAAAAGGACAUAUGGCCUUUAGUUGCCGGUCCAUACUCAUUGAGGAUCGUGUAUCACAAUCGCGGAGUAGUGCGGAAGGGCCCAGGAAGCUGGACUUCCUCACCGAACCGUGAUAUAUCCUCACAAAGAGAAGAAGAAGAAGAAGAAAAAGUGCAGCUUUUCGAUUGUUUAUUUUGGUUUGAACACUGAUAAUUUUCAUUUAACUCUGGCGCGAUUCGAUCCUUUCAAUCGAUACGCACGUUUCGCUGACCAACGUUGACCAAUUCAAGCUUAUGAUUCGGCAAGCGACCAGCUACAACGCCAACCAAGAUGACGAAGCGCAAUAUGUGGUCGUACGACGAAACACUGGAAAUGUUGAACGUAAUGCUUGAGCAGGAAAGUCUGAAAGCCAUGAACGGGAGGCCGUUUCGGAAAGACAAAGCGUUUCGGUUGGUAUGUGAGGAAAUGAUACACCGCGGCUACAACACUAAGGACCCCAAACAGAUAGAGAACCGAUGGAAGAAUCUGAAGAAGCGAUACACGGACCAACAGAAGGAUCCCGAUCUGGCGGAGAGUAAUCCAUUCCAGUUCUACGACGAGAUCGAUAUGCUGAUGAAAGGAAAACCUCCACCACCAACAGCACCAUCAUCAUCACCGCCAGCCGUUACCGAGUCGAAACUGUACUCAUUGAGCAUCUCCAGAGUUGAACCGAAAGCUGGCGUGGACAUAGAGGAAGAGCUGGCCGAGGCAGAACAAUCGAUUCAGGACGAUUGUGAGGACGAUAUGGCAAACAUCGAGGAAAUCGACAAAGAAACUGAACCAGAAUCAAAAUCACAGCCCGCUGUGAGUAGCAGUCCCAGGCGGUCUAGGCGCUAUAGAAAACGACCACCAUCAUAUCGCAGAGACGAAACGCCAAAAUCGGGUUUGCCACCGUACAAACUGGCGAACGAAGAAGAAGCCUAUCGAAAUCAGAAAAAGCUGAUCGAUUAUCAGUUCGGAUUGUACAGCAAAGCUCAGGAAGAGUCGGACCGAAAGUUUUUAAACAUGAGUCGACAGAUACUGGACGAGAGCAAUCGAAAAUUUCAAUCGUUCUUAAACAUGUUCUUGUCUGGGAAUGGAGCUGGAUCGCAAUCGUAUUCAAAGCAUUAACAGAAGGAUCCGUCACGACUCAACCGACCGUACAGGACCGACGCCAACGGAUGGCUGGCAAAACCAAAUAAAAGAAACAGGAAUAUCGAUGGUGUAAAAUUAUCAUAAAA